AUGGAUUGGAUGAGCUGGAGUGGACAUGGACCAUCAGUGGCCAUGCAGCACCGCAAGCAAGAGCUGCGUUGGCGCAACCUGCUGGCCAUCGUCUUGGUCCUGGUGACCAGCAUGAGCCACAUCCGUCACUCGACCCUCGGAAUCAGCUCGAACGAGCGGCGGUUCCAGUGCCUGUGGCCACGACUCCUUGGCCAGACGAACUGCUCGCCCUGCGCCGAGCUGUACAUCUUCAAUCGCUCCACGGGCUACCGGCGCUGCGAGCACAUCAACGGCCGCUGCUAUCCGCACCGCACGGUCUUCGCCAGCGCCCGGAUGUGCGAGCUCAUCUGCCAGCCGUACAUCCAGCGGCCCACGCUCCACGAGCUGACCACCCCGGUGCCGCCGCUGGUGGAGCCCUACUUCGACAGCGACGAGGAGUUCCAGUGAACAAGCUUUUAAGUUUAAUAAAUAUAAUAUAUAUAUAACAUAAUAUCAAGCUCUAAUCUGAAACUUUGUUUUUAAAUCUUAAAGAAACUUUUUCCCUAAAUUAUUUUCAAAAUAACAAGAUUUUUUAAUUGAUUCCAA